UCGGUCUACAGCGGCGGCGACGUCAGGCCUUCUUCGCUGAUGCAGUUCGGCUACACCCAGCCAGAUUCUCCUGAUGCUGCCGCCCAUAUGUUGACAUGGACGGCAGAAGGAGGCGAGCCAAUGGCUGGCGACGGGAGCAGUUCAAAAAGGUUCAAGACAACGAGAAGCACCGCGACGACGACGGCGCAGGGUCCACAGGGCCGGCGGCAGGGCAGCGCCAAGCCAAGAAAUCAAGCUGAGAAGGCACCGUGCAAGAGGAGCCAGAAGCUGGGGGACAAGAUCACCGCGCUCCAGCAGCUGGUUUCUCCCUACGGAAAGACGGACACCGCGUCAGUCCUGCACGAGGCAGCUGCUUGCAUCAGGAGCCUCCACGAGCAAAUCCAGAUUCUAGCUGCGCCCCUCCCUGGGGUAAGCUGCUCCUCGCCGUCGUCGCAGGAUACCGGAGAAGAGCCGGCCACGAGCCUGCGCCGGCAGGGCCUCUGCGUGGCGCCGCUGUCAGCCGCCAUCGCAAGCCUCGUGUGCGACAACGCACGUGGUCACGGCCACAAUCGAACUGACUUGGGGGCUGGUGCAUUCUUUGGUGCGCUGUAGUUGGACCGAAGAAGGUUACCCACCAUGGCUACGGCCUACAGCUUAUAGAUGUACGGUAUAGAACACGAGUAGAGAUCGGUCGCCACGCCCUUCUAUUAUUACAGUGCUACUAGAAGCCUAGAUACAGUAUUAUUAUCCGAGGAACAUGAACACAUGGAGAGAAGCGCACAAGUCGUCAAUGGUGAAAAUUCACAGGAAUGCUCAACGCAGUACAUGUUCAGCUUUUGAGGCGCUACUAGGAUGAGACGCAUUAUAUUUUGGUCUUCUUUUCCUUUAAAUGGACUUCAC